GUGCAUCCGGCUACAAACAUAGCGACCUGACACACUAAGAUCCACAAGGCCGAGACGCAUGCUCACGUUUCACAACAAUUUCCUCUCAUUUGGAUUACCCGUCUGCUUUAAAGCCUUUCUCCACACACGGGGCGCAUUUCAGUACUUUAAGAAGACGAGACGAUUCCUGACAACAUCGAUCCAAAGCGCAAAGAAACACGCUAGCUCCCGCGGCUAACGCAAGCUAGCCGAGUUAGCCGCUACAUUGCAUUAUAUAUCCUUGGUUUCUCUACGCAUCUGACCUCUACCACAAACAUUGGCGCAUUGGGAUUUCACCAAAAAGGGGUUGCUAAUACCCCACACCUACCCAAAGUUAUUUCUGCCAAUUGGAAAGUGGACUGCCCUUGAAUAUGCUACAAAAUGAGUCAACGAGAUACUUUGGUUCAUCUCUUUGCUGGAGGAUGUGGAGGUACGGUGGGAGCCAUCUUGACGUGUCCUCUGGAGGUGGUGAAGACGCGGCUGCAGUCCUCCUCCAUCACGCUCUAUGUGUCUGAGGUGCAGCUCUCCACCGUCAAUGGAGCCAGUGUUGCCCGAAUGACGCCCCCCGGACCCUUGCACUGCCUCAAGCUGAUUCUAGAGAAAGAAGGUCCCCGUUCUCUGUUCCGAGGCUUGGGGCCAAACUUGGUGGGCGUGGCUCCUUCAAGAGCGAUCUACUUUGCUGCGUACUCGAUGGCCAAAGAGAGACUGAAUGGAGUGUUUGAGCCGGACUCCACACAGGUGCACAUGGUCUCAGCUGGACUGGCAGGUUUCACGGCCAUCACAGCGACCAACCCCAUCUGGCUCAUUAAGACUCGACUGCAGCUCGAUGCCAGGAACCGUGGCGAGCGGCGUAUGAAUGCGUUUGAGUGCGUGCGUCGCGUGUACCGGGCGGACGGUUUGAGGGGCUUCUACAGGGGAAUGUCCGCCUCGUACGCCGGCAUCUCAGAGACUGUGAUCCACUUUGUGAUCUACGAGAGCAUCAAGAGGAGGCUGCUGGAGGCCAAGGCUCCGCCCAUGGACGAGGACGAGGACGCUUCCAAAGACGCCUCUGACUUUGUGGGAAUGAUGCUCGCCGCGGCAACGUCCAAAACCUGUGCCACCACCAUAGCUUAUCCUCACGAAGUGAUCCGGACGAGGCUACGCGAAGAAGGCACCAAGUAUCGCUCCUUCUUCCAGACUCUAACCACAGUCCCCAAAGAAGAGGGAUAUCGAGCGCUUUACCGAGGGCUCACCACUCACCUGGUCCGACAGAUCCCCAACACCGCCAUCAUGAUGUGCACCUACGAAUUUGUUGUCUAUCUCCUCAACGGAUAAAAAAAACAAAACA